CUGGCUGCCUCAGCUCAGAGCUCAGAGGAGGCUGACACACGGACGGAGGUUCUUUACGCGCGCAAAGUCUCCGGAGCUCCACGGAGCACACCUGGAUCUUAUCGUGGAUGGUUUGGAGCACACCUGGAUCUUAUCGUGGAUGGUUUGGACAUAUCGGUGCCGCGAGAAAAGACCCCACAGCUGCACAAGAUGACACCUUUACCGAGUGGAGGAUUCCAGUGAAACAGGCUCCGCCCCCCUGACGGAGAAGAGGACGUCUUGUCUUUUAGUUUUUCCUCUGACCGGACCCUCGUCCUUUCAAUGUGGGAAUUAGUCUCCGUGCUGUCGCCAGGCUGAAAUCCUCCCGGGUCAGGACCUCUCUCAUGGCAGCCGUGCUCCUCGGGCUGCUGCUUUUCGCCAUGCAGUCUCCGCCCCUCCCCUCCCGGCCGGCGGCGGCAGACGAGGGGCCGCCGCCUCCGUCGCCCACCUUAUCCCCCGCAGAGAACGCCAGCAGCAGCAGCAGCAGCCACCCGAACGGGUCCCGCAGACGACUCCCUCAGAUCCUGAUCAUCGGCGUGAGGAAGGGCGGGACGCGGGCGCUGAUCGAGAUGCUCAGCCUGCACGGCGCCGUGGCGGCGGCUCAGAACGAGGUGCACUUCUUCGACUGGGAGAGUCACUUCCAGAAGGGCUUGUCGUGGUACCUCAGCCAGAUGCCGUACGCCUUCCCCGAUCAGCUGACGGUGGAGAAGACCCCCGCCUACUUCACCUCCAGUAAAGUCCCCAAACGAGUCCACGAGAUGAACCCGGACAUGAAGCUGCUGCUGAUCCUCAGAGACCCCACGGAGAGGGUCCUGUCCGACUACACGCAGGUCUUCUACAACCGCCUGCAGAAACACAAACGCUACCAGCCCGUGGAGGCGGUCCUGGUGAAGGACGGCGAGAUCAACCUGGGCUACAAGGCGCUCAACCGCAGCCUGUACUACGUGCACAUGCAGAACUGGCUCAAGUACUUCCCCCGGGCGAGCAUCCAUGUGGUCGACGGCGACGAGCUGAUCCGGGACCCGCUCCCCGAGAUGAAGAAGGUGGAGCGCUUCUUGAAGCUGGCGCCGCAGAUAAACGCUUUGAACUUUUACUUCAACAAAACGAAAGGAUUCUACUGCCUGAGGGAGCACGGCAGAGAGCGCUGUUUACACGACUCAAAGGGCCGUGCCCACCCCCGUGUGGCGCCCGCCAUCCUGCAGAAACUCUACCGCUUCUUUCACGAGCCCAACAGGAAGUUCUUUGAGCUGGUGGGCCGAACGUUCAACUGGAACUAACGGGGUCUCUCUGUGACCAAGCUAAAGCUAAGCUAACGUCAAACUCAGUCUAUUUUUCUACCUUCAGUGAAACGGCGUUUGGUAGAGCGAGACGUCAGCACGCCGCUCGUGCAUGUCUUUGUUUUCAUCGGUUUGAAACACUCGCACAGCCGCUGUCACUUCCUGUAUGAGGACAUUAUUAACGUUAUUGACCUUUGACCUGCUGCUAUGACUGUUUCUGUGGGCGUCGGCUCCGGCGUCUUCUGUAAAAACAUUUUUAUGAAGAAUUAAUAAAAAAAGUUUAUUUUCA